GUUUCCUGUCCGCAGUCUGCUGCACAGUCAUGGGCUGUUCCAUCGUUUAACAACCGCUCGGCCAUGCAGCUGUCGGUGAGAACACGCCGCGCCGGAAGUGAUUUGUAGAUUCGGGCCAGUCAGGCAGUGGCGGGUGCCACAGUGACUGCGAGCGAUCACAGCUAUCCACAGCUGUGAUGUCCGAGCGAGCGCUCGCUGCUCUUCGGCGCAGUCGCAUUGCUGUUCGAUUGGGUCGUCUAUAAGAAGUAGGCGCCAGAGCUGUACCCUCAACAUCCUUUUCAUCGGGCUCAAACUCCGUCGCAAUCUCAGGCUGACAUGCUGUGAAACCCCGAUGCUCCGAUGGUUUCCUGCGUUCCCCGCCUGUGAGACUGGUCCAUGAGCAAGCUUGUAUAAACGCCAUCCCCGAGUGCUACUACCAGCAUGCCCCCAGCUCAGCGAAGUGAACAUACCCCGUCCUACGCGGACAUUGCCCGCGCAUUUGAUACAGACCUCAAAUGCGAACUGGAGGACUCCUGCAAGAACCUUGCUCGUUCAUUGAUCAAGCUCGUCCAAAGCUUCGACAACAUCUCGGUCCAGCUGCAUUCUCUGGAUCUUCAAGCCAUCAUUCCUCCCGUGAAACCCCAAUGGAAACGGAUCCGUAAGGUUGCUGAUGAGCGUGAUAUUUGGAUGCCGCUGGCUGACUCAUUUGGAUGUGAUAUUCAGGAGUUCAUCGAGCUCGUCUCGCUGCUGCGCGUCAAUGCACUCAAUUGCUCGGCGAGGAUCCGGAUGUUUUCUUCCGUAAUUCUGCCACUUGCAUGCCGGCCCUGCUUGAACCAGCGGUCUUACAACGAAAAGACGCACGUAUUGCAGUCCUUCAUGUCGAACUCUGCAGAGCAAGCCACAUUCACCUUCCAGUUGACACACCGUGCCAUAAGCCUAAAUUCUGCGGUUUCCGAAUUUAUCUCCGAACUUUCACGCCUGGAGACUCUCCAAGGCCGCGGAGCUCAAAAGGAAUUGUAUGAUCUGGUUGAGAAAGUGUCGCUGUUGAAAAACAGCAUUGAUAGGCGAGUGCUGUCGCAGCUGUCUCUAUUGCAUUUGGCUCAUAGGGCCACGCUCGUAUGCCCGAAUGCAUCACAUCUCGUGUGGACCACGUUCCGAUUGAUCAUGUGUGCUGGAAAACGAUCCGCGAGAACUAAAUUGGACAAAUAUCCCCCAAUUGUAGACGGUUCGAUAUCACACAUCUCGCAAUGCUCGCAGAUGAUCCAAGCAAACCUUGAUGAGCUUGCACACGCUCAGUAUGCCUGUCAAAUAGCCACGCGUACCCCCAAUAUGUUGUCAAUAGCCCGAGUCGCCGUGUCUGAAAUGAUCCCCAACCAGUUCCUCAUUCCCGAGGCGCUUCUUGGGUUUCUAACUGCAAUAUGGCUUCAGCUGAAGGCUGAUUGCACUUUGCUCUCAGAGUGGGUCUAUAAAGGUGGAGAGACCCCUGCGUUGAUUGAUCUAUUCACGUCAUCGGGAAGCACAAUUUACACUUCUUUUGCGGAUUAUCUGGACAUCUGUGCGCAGACAAUGGACUUGGACUAGACAACCUUACUUUUGAAAUGGACAUCCUGCCUACUGUGAUCUGUAGCCCUUGUAGAGUAAUCAACAACAU